AUGGAGCCAUGGUGUAAAGCGGGGAGGAGACUGGAGGUGAUGGUGUUUCUGAUUCUGAUGACAGCGGCUUCUUCUCUGGGCCUGAGUGGAAACCGCCUCCCCGAGGCCGUGGCUUAUUUAAGGAAAUACGGUUAUCUGCAUGUUCCCCUGAACGGUGAAGGCAAAAACCACCAAGCAGAGCAGAUCGAAGCAGCUCCGAGACUUUUCCAGAAAGUGACAAACCUUCAGAUAACGGGAAAGCUGGACGCUGCCACUCUGGAGAUGAUGAACAAACCUCGAUGUGGCCUGGAAGAGUCUUUCAACAGGAAGUCUCUCAGAUAUCAGGUGGUGGGCUACUGGCACAAGAGGAAGCUGACCUACCGUAUCUACAACUACGCCCCUGACCUGGGCCAGCUGCAAACCCGCCUGGCCAUCCAGAGAGCUUUCAGAUACUGGAGCGACGUGUCGCCUUUAACGUUCCAGGAGCUGCAUCGAGGCAGAGCAGACAUCAAAAUCUCCUUCCACAGAAACGACGGGUCGUGUCCGGUGCCCUUUGAUGGGCGAGGUCAUGUUUUGGCUCACGCCGACGCCCCCGAGUCGGGCGUCGUGCACUUCGACGCCGACGAACUGUGGACCGAAGGGGAGCAGAGAGGCUCCAAUCUGAGGAUCGUGGCGGCUCAUGAGAUUGGCCACGCUCUGGGUCUGGGCCACUCUCAGUUCUACACAGCAGUGAUGGGGCCCAUAUACAACGGCUACAGCUCCCACUUCCAGCUACACCCGGACGACAUACGAGGGAUCCAGGCUCUGUACGGUAGGGCCAGAACAUGCAGCGCUCUCCUCUUCUCAGGUAAACCGGCCGCUCCAGAUCCAUGCAAGGCCACUCUGGAUGCAGUCAUGCUGGGGCCUUUGAAUAAGACUUUUUUCUUCAGCGGUCAGUACGUGUGGACACUGUCCGGUCGGGGCUUCAACGCUCCCGUCCUGACCUCGGCGCUGUGGAGGGAGCUGCCGGCAGGCCUCGAUGCUGCUGCUCACUCUCAGCGCACAGGAAAAUCCUACUUUCUGAAAGAGGACAGAGUGUGGAGGUACACAGGCUUCACACUCAACCCCGGCUUCCCCAAGCGUCUGUUCGGCAUUCCUGGAAACAUCGAUUCAGCUUUUUAUUUCAGCAAGAAUAAAACCAUGAUCUUUUUCAAAGGCUCUGGAUACUGGCAGUGGGAUGAAGUCGCUCCAGCAGACUUCAGCUCGUAUCCCAGACCCAUCGGGGAGCUUUUCCGUGGAGCGCCGAGUCACCCCGACGCUGCCUUAACGUGGACCAAUGGUCGCGUUUACCUGUUCAGAGGAGCUCAGUACUGGCGAGUAGACCAGCAGCAGCAGGCUGUGGAGAGAGACUACCCCCUCAGCAUCCCCUCACGAUGGAUGCAGUGUGAGGCCUGA